UAGUCUAUCCCAUUUCCCGCAAUCUCUCUCCCCGCCACUAGUCCUUUUAUCCCCCCUCCAACAAAUCAUCAGUCCAAAUUAUCCAUUUUUCAAAUGCAUGAUGCUCCUUUCACUCUCACUACUUCUCAAUUCAUCACCUUCAUUCUCCACAAUAGCAUUUGCUUCCCCCAAAUUUCACAGCGUUUUCGGUCAAUCCAUUCGAUUUAAGGUCCAUGCCUUCCUCAACAAACCACUGGACUCGCGCGCAGCGCCCUCUGAUCAACCAUCAGUACUACUCGACAGUCUUAGGGUUCUCGAAUGGGACAAAUUAUGCGAUUGCGUCGCUAAUUUCGCUGGCACUUCCUUAGGCAAAGAAGCUCUCAAGGAACAACUAGGGUACUUGAAUCAAACAUUUGAAGAUAGUCUCGGACUGUUAGAGGAAACCAAUGCCGCUGUGGAGAUGAAUAAGUACGGUGCCAUGGUGGACUUCAGCGGCAUUGAUAUUGAGCUGGUCAAAAUCGCCAUACGAAGUGCACGCCGAGGUCUUCCUGUCAGUGGGACUGAAGCAAUGAACAUUGUAGCACUAUUGCAGGUUGCAGAAAUGUUGCAGUCAAAUGUCAAAGCCGCAAUCAAGCAAGACACAGAAUGGUAUCAGCGUUUUAUGCCUAUCACGGAAAUGAUCUUGGAACUAACCAUAAGCAGAUCACUAGUGAGGUUAAUACAACAGCUAGUUGAUGAAGAUGGUUCUGUCAAGGAUUCUGCGAGCUUUGUCUUGAAACAGUCUCGUGAUCAAGUUCGCCUUCUUGAAAGAAAGUUAUACCAGUUCAUGGAGAGCAUAAUCAGGAACGGCACGGAAGAAACAUCUUCUAUGGAAGUGAGUGAAAUCGAUGGCAGAUGGUGCAUUAGAGCAGGAUUUGAUCAGCAAACGAGCUUUGGGGGGCUAUUGUUGUCCAGUGCUUCAGGUACUGGAAGUUUUGUAGAACCUAUCUCAGCAGUUCCAUUGAAUGAUGCACUCCAGCAAGCCAAGGCAUCUGUGUCAAAGGCUGAGGCUGAUGUGCUCCUGAUGAUAACAAAGAAGAUGAAAAAAGAAAUUGAUUACAUAGAAAGUAUUUUCAGUGUGAUGGUUAAGCUGGAUGUGAUCAAUGCGAGAGCACGAUACAGUCUUGCAUUUGGAGGCGCUUUUCCAAAUUUAUUUUUGCAACAAGAACUAGAUAGCUUUGUAGCUACUGAUGCUUCAUUGAAUGCAAGAACCUCAGGGGCAUUGCAUCCAACACGGAAGAAAUGGACAAUGUAUCUGCCGAAAGCUUAUCAUCCUUUAUUACUUCAAAAGCAUCAGCAGGCUCUACAGAAGGCCAUGAAAGAUGUCAAGAAUGCUAAUGUGGAAAUUAGGAGGAGGAAGCGGCCGGGAGAAAAUAUUACUUUGGAAAAAGAAACCAAUGUGAAUUUGCAGUCCUUGGAAGCAAAGGUUGCUAGGAUGAAAGAGGAACCCCCUGUACCUGUUGACAUAUGUGUUGCUCACAACACUCGAGUUUUGGUUAUAACUGGUCCGAAUACUGGGGGUAAAACCAUUUGCUUGAAGACUGUGGGUUUGGCUGCUUUGAUGGCAAAAUCUGGUGAGCACAAGUUCUAUAUAUCUAUAUUAUACUUAGUCAUCAAGUCAACUCAGAAAAUGAAAACUUUCCUUGUACCUCAAUAUAUAUACUGGAUAUUAAUAAAACAUCAAAAGAAAAUCCGGUCUCACUCAACAAACAUGUCACUUGUGCUAUUAGAUGAAGUAGGGGCAGGGACAAAUCCUCUAGAAGGAGCUGCACUUGGGAUGUCAUUACUGGAAUCUUUUGCAGAAUCUGGGAGUUUGUUGACUAUAGCUACCACACAUCAUGGAGAACUUAAAACCCUUAAAUACAGCAAUCAUGCCUUUGAAAAUGCAUGUAUGGAGUUCGAUGAAAUGAAGUUGAAACCAACUUAUAGGAUUCUUUUGGGAAUACCAGGACUGUCAAAUGCAAUCAAUAUAGCCGAAAGGCUAGGGAUACCUGAUGUUAUUGUGUACAAGGCCCGUGAACUUUAUGGAGCUGUUAGUGCAGAAAUCAAUGAGGUUAUACUUGACAUGGAGCGAUUUAAGCAGAACUUUCACGAGCAAGUUCGUGAGUCUCAACGUCUUCUUAAGCUCACUAAAGAUCUCCAUCACAAGUUGCUUAUUGCCAGAAAAAAUCUGAAAGAACACAACAUCAGUCUAAGAUGGAGAAAGGUACAAGAAAUAUCUAAUGCAGCAGCAGUAGCACGAUCUUCCAUUCAAAGGAGUGCACGACAAUAUCGUGCAAUUUGUAGUCAACCAUCCCAGAAAAUACUGGAAACUAAUGGACACUCGUCAACUGUGAAGUGUGAAGCUAAAGAAGAAAGUGAAAUUUCAGAAGCUACUCCUGCUGUGUCCUCUGCCAGUACAUCCAGGCUGCCUGUUUCAGCAGAGAGGAGGAAACUUCCCAAUGUUGGUGAUUCUGUCCGUGUUCCUUCGCUUAACAAGCAAGCUUUAGUCCUGAAAGUCGAUCAUUCUAGAGAAGAGCUAUUAGUACAAGCUGGUAACAUGAAGCUUAAGCUUAAAUUAACAGAUGUAUUGACCUGAAAGGUGCCUGUUCCAGAUAGGUUUUUCUUACCUCCAUCCUGCAGUGAGAAGUGUCCUUGGGAGUCUGGGAUUGGUAUUUGAAACUGCUUCUCAGCACCUGCAAUUGGCAUGAUGGAACAGUUAAACUUGCUAAAUGCAAAGUAAGAAUGGCCGAUUGGUAUAUUUCCUCACUAUUCCGUUUUAUAAUAAUAUAAUAAAAUUAGUGCAAUAGACGACAUAUUUUAUAGCCUGAGCGUGUAUCCAGUUACCAGUUACCGGGGAUGCAUCUGAUGCUAUUUGACUAGUACUUUUACAACUGAGAUCUAGCCUGCACAUGAGGAGAUGUACUCAGUUUUCAGCUGCACCAUUUCACGAUGUUUUGGCGUUUUAAAGGGAGGCCUUGAGGAGAAGUUUCCAUCAGAAAAUGUGCCCAAUGUUAGCAAGCAACCAAUAAUUUUCAGUUAAAGUGCAUGGUGUCACAUGCAGGUAGUGUGUCAGGACAAAUGAGACUUCUUUGAGGUUGCUCUGCAGGCGAUGCUAAAGUUAAGGGGAACUUUUCAUUGCUCCUCGUGCAGAUUUACUUGCCCUUUUUUGAGCUUGCCAAAUUGAUUAAGUCAGACUGCUAGAUCCUGGAUGACAGUUUUACUAUCAGUUUAUUUGAACUAGGUUGCCUAGUUGCCUUGACUGGUGUGUGCUUAUUAGUAACUUCGUUGUGUGCAGAAACGUAUAGAAUUCAUACUUUACUCGUUACUAAAUGAAAUUGAGAUCAAGCUAAUUAUUAGUCGCUA